AUGGCAUCACCACAGCCACUACCAGAGCGAGCUGUUUCCCAGCUGCCUCCGCCACCUCCCCUGCCGCCCAGGAACAGCUCCCAAUUGCCUCCGCCACCUCCCUACUCGGUUGUGGACGAGUCUCGAAUCUUCCCGGCUUCUCAGAAUCAGGGGAUUCCCAAAAAUGCGCAAAUCCUACGCUCCAAGAAUUCCCGUGCCUCGUCAUCGCAGUCUCUGGCGCCCUCAGAGUCCAGCUCAGACACCAGACGGACUCUCUUGUUGGUUUAUAUCCAUGGAUUCUACGGCAAUGACCAGUCCUUCCAUUCAUUCCCUGCUCACGUGCACAACUACUUGCGUGAAGCCCUGUCAGAAACGCAUGUUGUUCACUCCAAACUGUAUCCCAGGUACAAGACAUACAAGGCUAUUGAGAUUGCGCGGGAUAAUUUCAGCGCUUGGUUGGAGCCUCACGAGUCGCCCAAUACCGAUGUCAUUCUCAUCGGCCACUCCAUGGGGGGCCUCCUGGCUGCCGAGAUGGUUCUCAUGGCAGCACCAGCGUCUCCCAGCGAAGGCACCACCCCAUCGUCUGCCCCAGAUGCCCAAUCCGCUGAGGUGCAAACCGUCUCUUCUGCUACAUCCAUCGACAGCCCACUCAGAGGGCCAAGAGAUCCCAACUUUGAUCCCCCCUUCUUCAAUGAUGCGCCGUUCCGAGAGCAGCCGUUUCUUACCCGCAUGCUCAACUUUAGCACCAAGCAUUGGUCUGAAGGCAUAUUCGCCGCCUUGGGUCAUCAUGUUGCCUCUCACCUAGAAUUCGGCGGAUGUCUUGCCGACUACCGUGGGCUAAUGUCCCGAUAUAACCAAAUCCGUGCCCUCGAAGAUAUUGACGAUCUCCAAGCUUUGAGCGGCGGUGUAGCCGACAGCUCGCAUCCUCGAGUUCGCUUCCUAAAUUACUACACGCUGGCGCCUGGACGCCCAAAGCCAGUCUCAGCUAAAGGCAGUCGUGAUAUAAGCCAGGUAGAUCUCUCAGCGGAUACCGUACCAGAGAGCAAGGUUGCUAUUGGGAUAGACAAGGAGCUUGUCGAUAUUGUUCUUACAACCGCAGACGACAGUCAAAUUGACGACAAUCCGAGAGACUCCAUCUCGACCAAUCCACCAAAGGCCAGCACUCCGGCUCGAGGGGACCACAUGGACGAUUCAGCAUCGGCUUCGGAGCUAAUAGGGGAGAUCAGUAUCAAGGAUGUUGAUUCGGAUUCCGAGAUGGAGAAACCCAGUCCAUCUCCCGAUCUUACCCGGUUCUCUAUGCAAGAAAUUGAGCCAAUCCCUAUCGAUGAGGAUGAACAAGAUGUGGAACAGAACUUGGAUACAACGAUAACGACCAACUCAGAACAAUCAUAUCCUCCCAUUGAGUAUGCAGGGGAUAGAACGAAGACUCUGUCCGAACAAACACCCAUCUCCCCAGAUCCAGACCUCCCUCCAAUUCCUGAUCUCCCCCCACCCCCUGAACAGCCCGAUCUCUCACAGUACACAGACAAGGAUUCACGCAAGCAAGCAGAGAAAGAAUUCAGCCGCCUCCAGAAAGCCUACGAGAACGCCGUAAAGGACCGCACCAAAGCCCUCCGCGAACGCGAGAAACUCCUCGAGAAGCGCCAAAAGAAGGCCCAGAAAGACGCAGACAAGCUAGAAAAGGACGCCAAGAAGCAGAAGCAGAAAUCCGAACAAGAACAAAGGCGGCUGGAGAAAGAAGCCGAAAAGGCCAUGAAAGCAGAAAAGAAACGACAAGAAAAAGACGACGCCGCCCAAGCGAAACACCUCAGGAGCGCUUCCAAGAGCGUCGCCGCCAGCGCUACUACUACUGCUACUGCUGCUGCUGCUGCUGCUACCCCGGAGAAGAUGCCCGAGACGGAGCCCGAAACCACGCCGCCGGGGAGCAAGAAGCCCAAGAAGCUGCGUAAGUUCUGCAACACGCCCGCCAAGAGGGAUGACGGCGUCGUCGCGGAUCCGACGUGGGUGAGCGUGUACAUGGACGGCAUGGACGAAGUGACUGCGCACUGCGCGCUGUUCCUGCCCGGGCCGCACUAUGAUGGGCUGGUGGGCGAUGUGGCGAGUCGGAUCGUGGGAUGGGUGCAGAAUGAUUUGUCUGUGAGGGCUAUGUUGGAGAUGGAUUGA